AUGAAUGGCGGCUGGGUGUUUCUCAUCGUCCUCAUUCUCGCCGUCCUGAUUGGCGGAGGCGGCUACGUGGCCUACCGCAAGUUCUACCUCAAGCAAGAAACCACGUUUGCUUACCCGUCGCCCGCACCGAGCAGCCUGGGCGACAAGCUGCGAGAUAUCUGGUCCCGCAUACGUAACCCAAAGACGCAGACAGGCGCGGGGUACGAAGCGACGAGCGGGUACGGGGGCGGGCGGGUCCCGGGCCGGGGUCGCGCCCACGCGCUGGAUCCAGACGAGGCCUGGGACUCCCGCGUAGGCACCGAAGCGGACUUGUACGGCGGUUCCGGUGUGGGAGGCUACUACGAGGAGCAGGAGCUUGAGUACCACGGCGCAAGCACAGGUGGCGGCUUCCGGCAGACCGAGACGUUGGGGGCCCCUACAACGGGCUCAAGGGCGAGGAGCAAGAGCCCCGCCGCGUCAAAUCCGUUCGCAGACGACAACGCUGCCAGUCUGCGCAGUGUGAGCCCCAGGCCGCAGGUGGACACGGCCGCCGCCGCCCGUCACCCCACAGGAGGGAGAGGGAGCGCCGAGAGCAGUCCCACGUUUGAGAGAAGGAGCAUCUUUCGGGAAGCAGUAUAG